CCUUUCAUUCUGGUUUAUGUUUACAUGUCACAGCCUCCACGUCCGACCAGGAGGCUCAGCAGCAGAAAUCUCCUACAUGGGGAGAGAAGACCAACAGCAGAGAUCAGAUGGAAAUAUCAAACAAUCAAACUGAAAACAACAAGCGACAAAGAGCUGCCCUGGAGCUGUUGGAGUCCGAGAGAGUCUAUGUAUCCCAUCUGUCGCUGUUACUGAAGGCUAACAUCUCCUUCAACGGAUCAGAAGCUCUCACUACCAAAGACAAACGUCCUUUUCCCAGCUCCUUAAGGUUUUUGAUCCAGCAGCACUUGGAGCUCCUUCACACUCUGCAGGAGCGGGUGCUCAGGUGUCAAUGGCAAGGCAUCAUGGGAGAUGUUUUUAUGAGGCUCACCAGCAAAGAAAGUGAUUUUCUGGACUUCUACGUGUCCUAUCUGAAGGAGCUUCCAGACUGUCUGUCUGUUGUCACCAUGCUGGCCUCCAGCUCCAUGAAGUCCUGUGCUUUUGUGGAGUGUGACAUAGUGGGUGAUGAUUCCAGACCUUCCCUUUACACUCUGCUCCUUCAACCUGUCCAGAGGAUCCCUGAAUACCUGCUGCUGCUACAGGGACUGCUUAGGCAGACAGAUGCAGAUCAUCCAGACUACUACUUGCUGCUGGUGUGCGUCCAACAGUUCAGGUCCUUCACUGCUCAGUACCACCACCUUCUUCAGCACAACCAGGAGCUUCUACUGCUUAACCGCAAGGAGGUACAGAGCAGGUCCAACAUGAAGCAACUAUUAAAGACGGUGGAUGGUGGGAUUCAAACCAACAACAUUGGGUCACCUUACCCUGGCAGUAAUGCAAUGUUGGAACACACUAACAUGGUGAAGCGCCGAAAGCAGUGUCUCCUGGAGCAGAUUCAGUCCCACCGCUUCCAGGACUGGGAUCACAGCCAAAACCCUCAGAGCCACAGUUAUAAUGCAGAGUGGCCAUCCCAGACAUCAUUUUUCAGCCACAAUCUGGACUCAAGGAAUCCUAAACAAUUGGGUCUUGGCAGCAUCCCGGAGACUGAGAGAUCAGAGAGGUCAUGUCAGCACAAUCUGCCCUCCAGACCGGCUGAAUUUCGUCACGUUCAGCCCGGCUCAGCCUUGGCUGAUGCCCUUGGGGAGUUCCUCCUUCCUCCAGACCCCCCGGGGAUGGAGAGCCUCUACGACGAGGAUAGGGUCUCACUUCAUGAUACGUCUCUGUUCGACCGCUGUUCAUCUGCAUCCUCGGACUCCUCCAUUGACAUCGCCUUCGUGAAGGUCCCUAAAGCCCCCCAUGGAUCACAGCAUGCGGUGGCGAUGAAUGUGCCGACCAACAGAGAUGUGUUUGGUAAUGGAGGAAGCCAGGGUAAUGGUUACAGCCAACUGUCCAACCGGGUAUGUGUGUCACCAGAUGAAGCUAUAAUGACACGCCGCAAUCUCCAUCGACCCCUACAGGCUAGCCAGCGCAAGAGUAAGUCGCUGAAUGGUCUGCAAAUGGAGAACACUGUGAGUGGCGCCGAUGUGGGGCCUCUUUCAGACCACCUUCAAAGAGUGGGACUGGGAAGCCACGCCAAGCUGGAGCGGCAGGGCAGUAAGGGCAGUAAAUGUUCCACCCCAUCCCACAAAGUCCACAGUCCCCUGGGAAACACGGACAAACAGAGUUCAGAUCUUCAUGGACUGCUCAGCAUUGAGUCGAACAUCCAGUCAUGGGGUGACGAGUCAAAGUGGAGGAGCGGGACAGAGGAGAACAAUCACACCCCCUUCAGUGAGAGAAGUCGUAAGGACAAGGGAGGCUUCAGGAGCUCGUUCAAGAAACUCUUCAAGAAGAAGAGUACUGAUGACAAGAAGGAGAAGGGAGGAGAAAAGACACCAGAAAGUCAAACUGUGGAGCAUGAAACACCAAUGAAGACUCCCAAACUGGUUCAUCUGGAGAUGAAUCGUGGGACAGCCGUAUAAUUUGUGUUUUGCUGGAAUCCAUCAGCAGCUUUCCAGAAUAAAUAAAGCCUUCAGACUGAGAGAAGUCCCUUGUUCAAAUCAUAGUGAUGCUAAAGCACCACAUAAUAUCUAGUUUUUUGUUUUUAGUCUUUGGCUUCAAAAAACAUGGAGGAAUUUAAAAGCCUUUCAAACCCAGAGUCUAGAUUUUUGUCAUUUUGCUCCACUAGACAUAUAGCACCACCUCAAUAGAGACUUGUGCUGGUGAAGGACCAUCUAACCAUCCAGUUAACUAAACCAACCAGUUACUUCAUAACAUAAUGUCUUUAAUGGCCUCUACUAGGCGCCAAGGAACAGUUUAAAAUGCUCUUUGGUUAAAUUAGAAAAAAAAAAAA